GCACAGUUAGCCUGGCCCGCGCUGAGGAAAGAUGUGGGCAGCUGCGGUGUUGUUUGCUGAUUACAAGACAAUACCUGUGUGUGGUGCCUCGAAUAUUUAGUGUAUAGAGUGCUUGCGUGUGGCUUUGUAAUGGAAGUACUAUCCAUGGUGAGUGAGUGAGUCAUGACAGGUGUCUCUCCCAGCUGACUCAGGAUCCCUCUCCCUCUCUCUCUCUCGCUCCCCCUCUCACCCUCUGAGUCACGUGUGUAAAUGACUACUGGCAGGUGUGGUGGUGCAGGUGUGGCGGAGCUAUCGGAGUCACUACAGCAGCUGUCGGGACGCGCCAAGUCCGCCCACUCCCAGAUCACCAACCUGAAGACAUUCCAGGACAGAGUGAACGCUCACUGCGACAGCCUGGCGGGGGAGGUGGAGAGGCAAUGUGCGGAGCUGCUGGAGGCGGUGCAGCAGGCGAGGACGAGGCUCCUGGCGCAGCUGGCGGCGGAGCGGGAGGCCACCACCAAGAUAUACAGAGAGGAGGCCGCUACAUGCACCAGAAGGCUUCACAAAACCACGGGACUCAUUCAGUUCUGUAUCGAAGCAAUAAAGGAACCAGAUCCGGCUGCCUUCAUGACGUUGGGGCCGCAGCUGAUUGGACGAGUGAGUGACCUUGACCUGGAGUGGGACAAGGACAUCCCCUCUGCCUGCAACCCGCGCCUCAGCCCUUACAUUGACCUCGACCUCGAUCACAAAGGCGUGCUUCGGACCCUCAACACCUUCAACUUUAUCCGCAUGAAACCCUGCAUGGAGGGUGAGGAGCGGCGCCCUGCAGCCCCAGGAGCACCGGAGUUCCUGACGGAGGAGUGUGUGGGGGAGAACAACAGCAUCACGGCCACCUGGUCCCCGCACCCUACCACCCGCGUGUCUGGUUACGCCCUUGAGAUUGACGAUGGCGAUGGAGAGUUUAAGGAGGUACACAGGGGCCCCGAGACGCUGUGUACCGUGGAGGGUCUACACUUCAACAUGGUGUACCACUUGAGGGUGCGGGCGUACAACAUCUCGGGCGUGUCUCCCUACUCGGCGCCCGUGGCCAUCAGGACCUCUGCUACCGCGUGGUUCUCCCUGGAUCGCACGCUCUCCCACCCUGAGUGUCGGCUGGUGGGGGGCGGCGCGGGCGUGACGUGUGAGAGCUACCAACACCGCACCGCCCUGGCCUCCGUCGGGUUUUCGCGGGGCCGUCACUACUGGCAGUUCACCGUGGAGUCUUAUGAUGCAAACGCUGAUGUGGUGUUCGGCGUGGCGCGGGCCAGUGUGGACAAGGAACAUAUGCUGGGCAAUGACGUGCACGGUUGGGCCAUGUACAUUGACCACCAGCGCUCUUGGUUCCUGCACGGCGCCGCCCACCACGGACGCUGCGAGGGUGGCGUGGCGGUGGGCACGACAGUGGGCGUGCUCCUCGACCUCACCCACGGCACCCUCACCUUCUACGUCAAUGAGGAGCAGCAGGGUGACGUGGCCUUCACGGACCUGACAGGGCUGCUUUACCCUGCCGUGAGUGUCAACCGCAACGUGACUGUCACCCUGCACACUGCCCUCGACCCUCCACACUCAGACUACGACAGCCAGUCUGACACCUGAGAUCCCG